ACAAUGAGUUUCUCUCUCCACAGCUAUCCCUGAAAACUGAGCUGCUUCUCUCUAGAAAAUUGGAAAGAGGAAACACUUUGUUAUUACUAACUGCGUGGCCUGUCCUAAAGCCCUCUUUGAGAUCUACUUUGUUUCUCUUACUAGAUAGAGAUUGCAGUCUGCACACAGAGAUUUCGAUACAUGCUUAGAUAAAACACUACACACACACACCAGAUCUGUGCUGCUGGUUUCUGCUUUUCUUUAGUUUGUGGGUCAUUUCUGUUUUUCAAGGAGGGGACAUAAGUGGAGACAGAAUUCAAAUAAUUUUGGAAGCUUCACAUGAAAUGGCCUAAACACCUACUCAUGGUCAGGAGAUGAAAAGGGUAGCUAGCAGGAAGAGCGUUGCAAUAACUCUAUGAUUGUUGCAACUUAAUUUGAAUGCAUGGAUUCGAUUAUUAUCUGAUGAUCACAGCUAAUGAUUUUGCUGCUAGCUGGCCUUCAUGUUAAUUAUUCCACAGGGAGAUUUCACUGAUUUGAUCAGUUCAAUUGCCUUUCCUGGGCCUGCAGGUCCAGCAAUAUCUAUGCUGUUGUUUGAAACACUUUUCCUGCUUAGUAAUCGGCUUCAAAGAAAAUGAAUGUGACUUUGGCUUUACUGAUUCAAAGCAUGUUUCAUUGAGUGAGCCGCUAGUGUUUCAUGGAAUAUUCAGUGAUAGGUGUACAAACUCCGAGAGAUGCAGAUUUAAAGCUACAAGUAGCAAUGUAAUUUAUUUUGGUUGACAUUCAUAGAGGGAUUGUUCUUUUGAUCAGAACUGCUAUUUAAGUACCAUCUUGCUCUGCAACCUACAUUUUGCUUGUAAAUAACAUGGAGUCAGAGUUUGUCAAUCCUAACUGUAUGCUGGGUAUUCUUCAUCGACUGCUUCCUGCUAUUGGACCUGGACUUUUAGUUGCAAUAGGAUAUGUUGACCCUGGAAAGUGGGCAGCAACUGUCGAAGGAGGUGCUCGUUUUGGGUAUGAUCUAGUGGUGCCUAUGCUUAUUUUCAAUUUAGCUGCUAUUUUAUGCCAAUACCUCUCAGCUCUAAUUGGUGUGGUCACUGGAAGAGACCUUGCCCAGAUUUGCCAUGAUGAGUACGACAAGUUCACUUGCAUGUUUCUUGGAGUUCAAACAGCACUUUCUGUGAUUGCAUUGGACCUUACUACGAUCCUUGGCAUUGCACAUGGUCUUAAUCUUCUCUUUGGGGUGGACUUGUCUACUGGUGUUUUUUUAACUGCUGUUGAUGCUGUUUUAUUUCCACUUUUUGCCACCCUUCUGGAGAGAUGCAAGGCAAAUCUCAUAUGCACAUGCAUGGCAGGCUUUAUAUUGCUUUUUUAUUUCUUUGGGGUGCUUACCAGUCAAACAGAAAUCCCACUUUCCUUGAAUGGGAUGCUGACAAAGUUGAGUGGGGAAAGUGCAUUCGCCCUGAUGAGUCUUCUUGGAGCGAAUAUCAUACCUCAUAAUUUUUACCUCCAUUCAUCUUUUGUUCUGCAGCAUCGGGGUCCUCAGAAUAUUUCUAAGGAUGUGUUGUGCCAACAUCAUUUCUUUGUCAUCUUAUGCAUCUUUAGUGGCCUUUUUCUGGUGAAUUAUGUCCUUAUGAACUCAGCUGCAAGUGUCUUCAACAGUACUGGCCUUGUUUUGCUCACCUUUCCUGAUGCAAUGUCACUGAUGGAACAGGUGUUCAGAAGUCCAGUGGUGCCCCUUGCCUUUUUAAUCACUUUGUAUUUUACAAAUAAAAUCACGGCGUUAACCUGGAAUGCUGGUGGGCAAGUAGUCUUACAUGAUUUUCUCAGACUGGAUAUACCUAAUUGGCUUCAACAUGCUACAAUCAGAGUUAUUGCCAUUGUUCCAGCCCUUUAUUGUCUAUGGACUUCAGGAGUGGAAGGAAUAUACCAGUUGCUUAUUUUUACACAGGUUAUGAUUGCAUUACUGCUUCCAUCUUCUGUGAUUCCACUUUUCCGGGUUGCAUCAUCAAGGCCAAUAAUGGGUGCCUACAAAAUUUCUCAGCUUUUGGAGUUUGUAGCACUGAUUACUUUCAUGGGUUUGUUAGGCUUAAAGAUCUUAUUUGUGGUAGAAAUGAUUUUUGGUGACAGUGAUUGGGUUGGGAAUUUGAGGUGGAACAUGGGUAGUGGUGCAUCUUUUGCAUACAUUGCACUUCUCAUCACUGCUUGUUCAUCAUUUAGUUUGAUGCUUUGGUUAGCAGCGACACCGUUGAAAUCUGCAACUCACACAGAUGCUUUGCUAUGGAACUGGGAAGCACCCAAUACACCUGAACCAUCCAUGUGGAGGGGGGAAAUUUUUUUACCUGAAACUCUACAUGAUGGAGAGGAACUCAUUCAAAGCGAGGAACAAUUACCAGAACCACGGAAUUCGGUGGAGAGUUGUUCAGAUGUAAUUGGUGUUAAUGCUGAACCGAAUUUGCCUGAGACGAUUAUGGAAACUGAACAGGAACUGCAUUUGAAAACUAACAAGGAAAGUGAUCUUGAUGUUACUUUUGAUAGCCCGCCAAUAACAUAUCAAGAGGAAUCAACUUCCUCAGUGGACACAACAUCAGUGUUAACUUCUGUUGAUGAAGUUGUUGAUAGUGAUCUGCUGGAUGCUGCAAUGAUUAAGGUUGAGUCAGUGGAACCAAUUGAAAAGACGCUGGGGAUAGAAGGAGAAUUACAGGCCGAAAAGGAGGAUGAUGAGGGAGAUACUUGGGAGCCUGAAGAAUCAUCCAAAGUGGUUCUUGGAAGCACCCCUUCUCUGAUAUCUGAUGGUCCACCGUCAUUUAGGAGCCUAAGUGGAAAAAGUGAUGAAAGUGGGAAUGGUGCAGGAAGUCUCUCGAGAUUAGCUGGGUUGGGGCGAGCUGCAAGGCGUCAAUUAGCUGCAGUUCUUGAUGAAUUUUGGGGACAGUUGUAUGAUUUUCAUGGGCAAGCAACUCAAGAAGCAAAGCAUAAGAAAUUGGAUGUGUUACUGGCUGAUUCAAAGCUUGCAUAUUCCUUAUUGAAAGUGGAUACUACUGGGAAGGAAUUUAGUGGAUAUAAUCCACCUGUAGGCAGCAGAGGAGCCGAUUCUAUUCUCAAUUCAAGUUUAUGUGAUUCCCCCAAGCAGCUGGGGGUGCAAAGCAAUAUGGACUCAUAUGGAGUUCAGAGGGGAUCAUCCUCAUUGUGGUCCAGCCAUAUGCAGUCGCUGGAUGCAUAUGUGCAAGGUUCCAGUCACAAUGUUGUCGACUCUUCUGAGAGGCGGUAUUCUCGUGUGCGCACUCUUCCUUCAUCUGAUGGCUGGGAUAGUCAACCAGCUACUGUACAUGGUUACCAGAUUGCAUCUAUAGUCAACAGAAUUGCCAGGGAGAGAAGUUCCAAUUUUGCAAAUGGUCAGAUGGAGUCCCCAGCUCCAAUAUCCCCAUCUUUGGGCCCUGGAAACUAUAGGGACUCACUUGCAGUUGCCUUGGGGCAAAAAUUGCAAAAUGGAUUAAAUUCUCCACUAACCUCAAGGUAUCAGAACAUUGCAGCAUCUGGAAACAGCCCAUUGCCAUCUGAAACACCAUAUUAUGAUGUUUACUCUUCGUCUGCUGAUAACUUGGGGAUGUCGGCCAAUACGAAGAAGUAUCAUAGUUUGCCUGACAUUUCAGGGCUUUCUGGUCCUUAUAGGGAUAUAUACACGUCUGAAAAGAGUUCUCAGUGGGACAAUACAGUUGGAUAUGGAGCAACAACAGUAGGGAGAAGAAGUUAUGAGCCUUCCUUCUAUUCAAAUAUAGGAUCAGGAGUGCGAGGUUCUUUGGCUUUUGAUGGUGUAUCAAAAGGCUAUGGAGAUGCUUUUUCCUAUUCUGUGAGUUCAGACCAUGGAUCUAUUUGGUCCAAGCAGCCGUAUGAGCAGUUUGGCGUUGCGGAUAAAAGCCGUGCUGUUGGGAGUGGAUUAGGAAAAAGGUCAAAUUCAAGUACUCAAGAAACUCACUCUCCUGUGGAUUCAGAGGUCCAGCUUCUUCGAUCAUUCAGAUGUUGUAUCGUUAAGCUUUUGAAAUUGGAAGGUUCUGAUUGGCUUUUUAGUCAAAAUGAUGGGACUGAUGAAGAUCUAAUUGAACGUGUGGCUGAGAGGGAGAGAUGUUUGUAUGAAGUUGAAACAAGGGAGAAAAACCACAUGGUUCACAUGGGUGAGCCUCAGUAUUCCUAUUCUGACAGGAAGCCAGGUUCUGCAUUGAAGAAUGAUGAGGCUGGUAUAACUAACAUUCUGGUUUCCUCAGUUCCUAAUUGUGGGGAGGGCUGUGUUUGGAAGGCAGAUUUGAUAACCAGCUUUGGGGUUUGGUGCAUUCAUCGGAUUCUUGAUUUGUCACUCAUGGAAAGCAGGCCAGAAUUGUGGGGAAAAUACACUUAUGUGCUUAAUCGUCUUCAGGGGAUCAUAGAUGUGGCAUUUUCAAAACCUCGCAAUCCAAUGCCCCCUUGCUUCUGCCUUCAACUCUCUGCAGCAUAUCAGCGUAGGUCAAGCCCACCUGUAAUGAAUGGAAUGUUGCCCCCUGCUGCAAAACCAGGGAAGGGGAAGAGCACUACCGCCUCAACACUUCUUGACUUGAUCAAGGAUGUAGAAAUUGCCAUAUCUUGUCGAAAGGGUCGAUCGGGCACUGCUGCUGGAGACGUAGCUUUCCCAAAGGGAAAAGAAAAUUUGGCUUCGGUGCUUAAACGAUACAAGAGGCGAUUAUCCAACAAGCUGAUCGGGAAUAAAGGAGGGGUGUAGGCCAAGCAAGGUUGUGACAUGAACUCCUCAGAAUCUGCCUCAACUGGAAUAGUAUAGGGCUGUUUGAUUUUGAAAUGCAGCUAAUACUCUGAUGAGAAGUUCAGUUGUGGGAGGCCUCUCUUCUCGUGUAUUGAAAAGUCAAUAUGCUGCAAAUUUUACUUGGUUGUAUGUUCUGUAUACAUAGGAUAAGAAGCAAGGGAUACGUAAUUGCAGCGUAGUUAAAGAAAAUGGGUAGAAAGGUGGAACUUUGAUAAUAAUAAAUAAUAAAAAAAGAAAAAAAAAACGCAUAUUCUGGUUUCUGCAA